AUGUUAACAAUAGCCAAACGUGUAUUUGAUCAAGUUAAGGAUUGCAAAGAAAAUAUUUUUCAUAAUGAUGAUAAAGUUGAAAUUAAGCAAGCACGUUUUACUGUAAAUAAUAAACCAUUUGAAAUUCACUAUGGAAAAUUUAAUCAAAAAGAUUUAGAAGACUUGCAUUUAGCAGUUUUAAAAUCAUUAGAUAAAGGCAAAAUAUCUCGUGAAGCUUAUCGAUCAUUAGCACGCAUUAAUCAAGAUUUGCCAAGAGAUGGUGCAAUUUCAAAUACGCGUCAAAGACUUAAUGAACAAAUGAACAAUCUAAUUCCUUUAUCACUUAUAAAUAUAGAACAAUCUGCUAUAUCAGAACUAACAAUAGAUCAAUCACAUAUUACAGACUUUAAUAUAGUUAAUAAUAUAGUUGAAUCUGUUGGAAAAGGUGAUCAAUGUUCUAUAAUUGAUCUUUUAAAUUUUAUGAUUCCAGAAUAUAUAAAAAGAGGACUUUUAAUUCCAAAUAAUACUACUAUUAAACUUCUUUAUCAUAUUCCUGAGUUCAUAGAUAUUCAUAAAGAUUUAGGAUUAAUGGCUUUUUCAUGUUCAGCUUUAGAAAAAAAAACCAUAUUCAAGAAGUCAGCAGUUUUAGAAAUAUUGGAGCAUGAAAAUCGGCAACUAUUUUUUUGA